ACAAGGAUUUCUUGUCAUUUGUGGCUCCUCUCAUUUUAGAGGGGUCCGUCUCUAUUCAGCUGAAUAAACACGUAAAACUUAAAAGGCACUUUCUGGUUUCCUGUAUUUCUUCAACCAGCAAAACCUCAGAACCUGCAUAUCAGGUUUUCUAGCUCUGUUCAUAACGUCGGUGAGAAGAAUGGGCCCGAAGAGAGACGAACAUAACAUUACAUAAAAAGAUACUAACAAGAGAAAGGAGACUUGGCAACACUUUCUGUGGAAAUCCACACGUUGGGCUCCUCCUUUGCACUUUGAAACACUCUCGUGAAUUUGCUCCAAUUAAUAAAAGGAACUGGUCACACCCACCCACAAUUUCUACUCCAACCGCCUAUAAAAAUAAAUGUUCCCAGGAAUGCUUCGCCUCCAUUUACAAGGAGACACUUGCAAGAACUUCUGAAAAGGUAAGCUAAAUCAUUCAUAUUUAAAUAAAGUCGCAGAACAUUGUUUUCUGUUCUGAAUGCUCACAAACCACCUUGUAAUGAUCUUUUCCCAGAAUUUUUCUUGGCAUCAAUGACUGUAUUGCAGUUAUCUGGCUACAGUAUGAUUCACCUUUGCCCCUUUUGUGUUUUUGGAGACAGAAACAUUUGCCUUUUGCAAACAGUGAUCAUGGCUGACUUCUCAAAAACUAUUACGAGGGAGGUAACGUCCGUGCAAAUGAAAAAAAUUCUCUGUUGGAAGCUGAGCCCAGCCAGUAGUAUGGAAAACGAUACAGCGGUACAACAACGCCCAGCAAAACUGCAAGCCACAUAGCUAUAUCUGAAUGGUUUUAUGACUCUUGGUGCGAACUGUUUCCUCUCGCAGCGUUAUAGGCAGCGUAAAAUACACAGAGAGAAAUUGAAACUUUCUUUUUUCCAGAUCCGGCGGCGCAACUUUCCCAUGGAUUCCCAACGUUCUUACGAUGUGUUAGUGAAAGGCCUCCAGUCCGUCGAUGUCACGGGAGAUUUCAAUCCUUGUGAACUUCUGCUCAUAGGAGACCGAGCCUUCCCAGUGCUUGUAGAUUCCAAGGGCCAAGUUCUCAUCGCUGCAGCCCAAUAUGGGAAAGGCCGGAUGGUGGUCACGGCGCAUGAAGUCAUGAUACAACUGCCCCAGUUCUUGCAGUUCAUUAAAAAUGCUUUGCAGUGGCUUAGACCUUCUCCAAUGGCACCUGUCGGAGUCCACAGAAGCCUGGAUGCCCUCUCCAAACUGCUCCUCAGUAGCGGUAUUAAAGUUCAACCAGGUGCAACACUUGGGGACUCCCCUGGGGUCUUCUGCAGAGAUGCCUACGAUGAUGUGCAGGCCGAUGACCUUGUACAGUUUGUGAAGAGAGGCGGGAGGCUGCUCAUUGGUGGCCAGGCCUGGCAUUGGUCAUAUCAACACGGGAAGGAGGCAGUCUUGGUUCAAUUUCCUGGAAACCUGGUGACCGGUGUGGCUGGAGUGUAUUUCACUGCCAAUGUGGGAAAAAAUGGUGUUUUCUCUGUGCCUAGAAAAAUUCCCAAGAUUCCCCUUAUCACCGAACAUGGAAUAGAUGUUCAAAAGGACUUAGUAACUCUUCUGAAAGGAGUGGAGAGAUUCAAUGUGAAGGGCGAUGACCUCCAGAAGCAAAUGACUCCAUCUACCUUGCUUAUCCAUGGAGCCCUGGCAUUUCCAGUUGGCAUAAGUGAUACCCACCACUCCUUCCUGGCCGCUGCAUACUACGGCCGAGGACGCAUCGUCGUCGCCUCUCACGAAGGCUUCCUUAGCAUGCCAUCAAUGAAAUCUUUCCUCCUCAAUGCCGUCAGUUGGCUUUCUGCUGGGAAGAGAAGACAGGUGGGCAUUGGAGACAACUUAAACGAACUUUACUCCAUGUUAAAUCAAGCAAUGAUACCCUGUGAGCUAACCCACUUUAAGGAAGGCCUAGACAUAUACUGUUGCACAGCCUACGAUGCCAAAGACAUGGAAAGCAUCCACGCAUUUGUCUCUGAAGGAGGAGGGCUCCUAAUUGGGGGUCAGUCUUGGUAUUGGGCUUCCGUGAAUCCUAACUCCAGUGCUAUUGCAGAAUAUCCAGGAAAUAAGAUCCUGAAUAAGUUUGGAAUUGGGAUUAUUGACAAAUAUUUGGAGAUACCUGAAAACAGCUGUCCUGCCAGAGAGGCCAGCGAAGUGGCUUCCGCUUAUCAUUUCCGGCAAGCAUUCUUGCAGUUCAAGAAACAUAUUCGAAACGAGCAGAUUCUACAACCGCCCUAUUCCUUGUGGCUGCAGAGAUUGGCGGAAGACAUGGAGAUAUUCCUUGAAAUCCCAGCUACAAACUCCCGUCUCUUGUCUUCAGUUCACGAAGAGGCUCUAGAGUUAGUUCAAAUUAAAGGGAUUCCCGAGGUCAGUGUACGUAACCCAGUCCAAUCCAAUUCAGACCAAGCCAUCUUACUUCAAAUAGCGUCUGUGCUCUAUAAGGUUCUACCAGAGUUUCAAGGCUUAGUACCCAGCUUGAAGCCAUACGAUCCAAGCUCUUACCCUACAGCACCUCCUCAAAAAAUUCAAAUAAAUGGAAGCAACACAGGAAAUGAAGCUUGGAGAAGCACUGGCAUGUAUGUGCCCCCAGCAAGAACGGUCACUUUAUUAUUCCCACCUUCCAUCCUCAGUGCAAAACUGCAGGUGCAGAUUGGGUGCCACACUGAUAGUUUAGUUAAUCUCAAGGAAUGGAUGCGUCCUCCAGUGGUGACGAGGCGGUUUCUGGUGAAGACUGCGAAGAUGGAGAUCUCCAGCUUGUGGGGAGGCCUCUUGUACAUCAUUGUGCCAGACAACUGUUCAUUGGGCUACUUCUCUGUCACCAUCGAAGGAGCAACCCAGGCGCCUUAUUUCAAGCAUGGUGAAACCAGCAUCCAGGAUUGGCAAGAGACGAUCCGCCAGUAUCCUGCUCCCUGGGCGGAACUGGAAACUGAGAAUAUUAUUCUCACGCUGCCGUCAGACUCUAUACGUGGUCACGACAGGGUUGAUUUCCUGCUCCAGACCUGGGAUGAGAUGAUGAGGGCCAUCGCCCACUUAGCAGCCAUCCCUCCUAUUUUUCCCAGCCCAGAGAGGAUUGUGGCCGAUGUUCAGAUAUCAGCAGGUUGGAUGCACGCUGGCUCUCCAGUCAUGAGUAAUGUGGGGGCCCUACCAGAGAUCAUAGAUGUGCAAGCUUUCCACAGCAAAGGAGCUUGGGGCCCAAUCCAUGAGUUGGGCCACAACCAGCAGAAAAGCGGGUGGAAUUUCCCACCCCACACCACGGAAGCCACCUGCAAUCUCUGGUCUGUUUAUGUUAAUGAGACUGUGCUGCACAUCUCCCGAGAAAUAGCCCAUCCAGCGCUUCUACCGGAUGCAAGAAGAGAGAGGAUUGAGACCUACAUGAGAAACGGAGCUAAUUUGGAGGACUUUGAAGUGUUCACGGCACUUGAACCCUAUUUGCAGCUGCAGGAAGCCUUCGGUUGGGACCCCUACAUCCACCUUUUAGCGAAAUAUCAAACCAUGAGCGACAUCCCAGAUGACAAUCGCUACAAGAUGAACCUGUGGGCAGAAACCUUCUCUCAGGAAGUCAACAGAAACCUGGGGCCUUUUUUCAAAACCUGGGGGUGGCCCAUUGAAGGCAGCGUCUCCGAGAAGCUGGCCAUGUCCUACCCUGCCUGGGCUGAGGAUCCCAUGAUACAGUAUCGGCGCUCUUGAAGGACUAGAAGGCCAAGAUCGUCCCCAUCAGAGAACACUGGAAUUGGGGAGAGGUGUUACUCAAAACCGAGUCUGAUAAGAUGAGCUAAGUUGGAAGGGUUUUCAGCUGCAACAUAAAGUCUUCUUUAGCUGUUGCGUUUGGAGGAUUUCAGCUCCACUAUUGGGUUGCUGCCUUUUAAAAAGGAAUAUCUCUUUCUUAUUUUGCCACGCAACGCUACAGUAAUAAAUUGAAGGGGGCACCCUGAGUUUUCCAAGGAAAAAUAAAUCCAUCCAAGGCAAACUGAAUUCCAAUCGUGUAUUUUAUCUUAAACUGACCUGGUGUUCCGCUGGGUCCGGAUAAA